AAAAUUACCUUCUGGUCUUCAGAAACUUCAGCAUGCAACUGUGCUAUGCACCUCAGUGUGCCCCUCUUCACAGCACAAACAGAUACGUUUGGAAAUGGAUUUGGAGGAGACAUACAAAGAGGGAGAGAACACAGAGGGGAAAAUUACUCGAGCUGCAGCUGCAAAGUUGGUGAAAAAAGCUUUUCUUGAAGCCCUGAAGUCCAAUGACUUUGAAACACUGGAAGAGCUCUUGAGCCAAAAGAAAAUAGACGUGGACACAGUGUUUGAAGUGGAAGAUGAAAACCUGAUUCUGGCAUCCUACAAACAAGAGGCUGAGAGCUUUCAAAGAUGCUGGUCUUGCUUGCACCAUGGCUUCCUUAUGUUACUAGCCAAAGAAACAGGGUACUGGCUUCCCAGCUACAAAUUAAAAAUAUCCUGGGCAACUGGGCUUCAUAUAGCUGUCAUGUAUGGACACCUGGAGAGUCUUUUGGUCCUCCUCAAUCACAAAGCUACAAUCAACUGCCGGCCCAAUGGAAAAGCUGCCAUCCACAUAGCCUGUGAAAUGGCAAAUGUUGAGUGUCUCAAGAUCCUUUGCAACCAUGGAGCUAAGCUGAACUGCUUUUCCAUGAGCGGGCAGGCGCCCUUGCACUUCUGUACAACACGAACCUCCAUGCCUUGUGCCCAGCAGCUGCUUUGGAGAGGAGCAAAUGUGAACAUAAGAACAAACAACAAAGAUGAGGAGACUCCCCUGCACAUGGUCGCACGUUUGGGUGUCCCAGAGCUCGUGGCCUUUUACGUGGAACAGGGAGCACAGGUGGAUGCUCUCAAUGCCUACAUGGAGACACCCCUUGCCUGUGCAGCCUACUGGGCCCUUCACUAUAAGGAUCAGAUAUACAGCCAUGACCACCACCUCAUCUGUCGGAUGCUCCUAGACUAUAAAGCUGAAGUGAAUGCUCGUGAUGAGGAUUUCAAAUCACCACUCCACAAAGCUGCCUGGAACUGUGACCACGUCCUGCUGCACAUGCUGCUGGAGGCAGGAGCAGAAGCAAACAUCAUGGAUGUCAAUGGCUGUGCACCCUUACAGUAUAUCAUAAAAGUGACAUCUGUGCGGCCAGCUGCUCAGCCAGACAUCUGCUACCAGCUGCUACUGAAUCAUGGAGCAGCUAGGAUAUACCCUCUGCAAUUCCACAAGGUGCUGCAAGCCUGUCAUUCCCACCCCAGAGCUGUGGAGGUAGUCGUCAACUCCUACGAACACAUCAAAUCGACAUCUAAGUGGAAAGCAGCCAUACCUGAGGAUGUCUUGCAGCGGCACCAGGAUUUCUAUGACUCUUUGUUCACCGUGUGCAGCAAUUCCCCAAGGUCACUGAUGCACUUGUGCAGAUGUGCUAUUCGGGCGAUACUGUCAGAAAAGUGUCAUCGAGAAGUCCCCUUGCUCUCCAUCCCUCUGUCCAUGAAGAAGUACUUGCUGCUGGAACCAGAAGGAAUCAUCUACUGAGCCAGCACAGAGCAGGCACUGGCAUCUCCCUUCCCGGAUCCAUAUGCCUGCCUCUGUGGGGUGCCAGAGAUCCAGGCACAAUCCUGACACAGCCCUGUGUGUGUGUCCAUUUGCUGGCCAGCCUGCAAGCUGGGCUGGCAUUGACUGGCUCUCCUCGGAGCUGCUCUCUUUCCCUACACUGAGAAACUGCAGGCUGCAGUUUGCACAGGGGAGGCAGAGCUGGAAAAGCCCCUGCUCGAAACGCUCCCAGGACACACACUGCUUUGUUCAGCCUAGCUUAAACAAUGCUGCUGCUUCCUUCAGUACUUAUACCACUGCCUGCUAGAUAGCAUUUGAUUAAAUCUGAGAAACCUUUGAUAGUGUUUCACUAUGACUUUCUUCAGCUUUCUUCAUUUUGGGAGUAAAAGAAAGGAUACUGUCAAAAAAAAAGUCACAGAAAUGAUUUCCCAGAAUGAAACAGACAAACCACUCUGGUUUGUUACUACAGACAGGCCUUCAGUAGUUUCUGUGUUUUCCUUUGUACUGACUCUCAAUUUGAUGUUAGUUCACUCUUCACUACCUGUCUGAUAAAGCUUUGUCAUAAUGAUCCUUUUUAAUUGUAAGAAUUUUUUCCUUUAUCAACCAGCAGGUGAACAAGAUAGAAACAUGCAGCCCUGAAAUUUCUGUAUGUUGAUACUGGUUAGCUUUGAGCACACACUGACUCUGUUUCUGCUCUCACUGUGGCCAAUGAUAAAUUAAUAUCCUGCUGUCAAGAAAGGCAGGUUAAAAAAAACUUUCCUCCAAAACCUGCAUAGCUGUACUUGUACCCAUCCCUGAUAUCUCUCAGAAUGAUGUUGCCCAUGAUCUGGGAAGCAUAACACCCUUCUUGUCAUUGACUAUAAAAUGAACCUAGCCUGCUAGCAUGUACUAUUCACCUCAUUUUUGGUAGCUAGGUGCAGUGAGAGGAAUCCCACAUUAACCAAAAGGUGUUUCCAAGAUAAAGAUGUUCUGCCUGUGCUGUUACAGACCUGCCAGGCCCCCUGCUUUGCAGUUCCUGUGCUUUUGGACCUGCUAGCACUGGUUUCCUUUACUUCUGACCAAGUUACUUUCUCCAGUCCAGGAGGAAGAAAUGCAGAGCAGUGGCAGUUCACACAGCAAGUAUCCCACAGCAAGCACAAGUGUGUGAUCUGACCUACAGGUAAAUCGUAAUUUUCUUCCCUUUUUUAGUUUGAUGCAACCCAUCUGAGAUGUUUCACUUGUCUUAGAUUCUGGCAAUUCUGGGCUCUGUGAAAAGAGAGGUAAGCCAGGCCCACCACUGGGAGCCUGUAACUCCUGACUUCUCAUUGCAUCUCUGACUGUGAAGCUGUCAGUCCCAAUCACUAUUGUUAUCUCUUUGCAAGACAGCCCACAGCACACUAGGAUCUUCCCAGACAAAACAGAGCAGCCAAACUGUUCAAGUGUCUCUGUGUUUCACACAGUGGCAAAAACAGCAUUUGAAAAAACAUGAAGAUUGUUUAGUGUUACAAAUCACUUGCCUUUCCUUUCCUCUCAGUUUUCAGUAAUUAAAGCUUGUACACUGUGUACAAGAAUCCAGUUCAUGGGUCUGUUUAUAUUUAACCAGACAGCAAUGAGGAUUGCUAUUUAACAGUUUCCCAUUCCAAUAAGGAAUUUCAAAGUGAACACAGACCAUGAAUAAAUGUUUUCUUAUGUGAACGAAGUUACAAUAUAGGUCCCUGUAAUUCACUAAGCCAAUGAGACAUUUCCAUACAGCUGCAGAGAUGUCUAUCAGAGAUACUGUAGUAAUUUACUGGAGAGAAUAAUCAGCAUCUGAGACAGGUUUUCUAUAGAAAAAUCUGCUUGAGACACGUCCUGGUAAACAGGAUUCACUGGAUUCUGCACUGCAAAAAAGGUGAAAUUGGAAAGAUGAAAAAGCAUAGGUUAUCUAAACCCACUGCUUUCCUAGGUGAUGCAUCUCUAAGUCAGGCAUGAGGAAGAAGAUUUGCCAACUGGUCAGGUCAAGAAAUAUUUGUUGCUUUCUGAACAGUCUGACAAUGGUACGAGCUGGACAGUCCAAAAGAGACAGAUGGAGGUAGCUGAUAUUAUUAGAAGCACAUCCCCACACUGGCUCCUUCUGAAAUUCUGCAUCUGGAAAUGGGAGGUUUAAGGCAGAACAAUAGCAGUGUUUUCUGACCUGUCAUAGCCAGGACUCUCUUGCUGAGAGAGAAGAAUAAAGGCUGUCACCAGUGUUCCUAAAUUCCCUCUGAUCCUCUCCCUCUGCAGUGAACACACUUAAU